AUGGACUGGGCGGGGGCCAGGUCUGAGCACCGGGGACUGUGGGUCCCUGUGCUGGCCGCGUUGCUGCUGGGGGCCUCCCAGGCACACCCUGUCCCUGACUCCAGUCCCCUCCUCCAAUUCGGAGGCCAAGUCCGGCAUAGGUACCUCUACACAGACGACGCCCAGAAGAUAGAGGCUUACCUGGAGAUCAGAGCCGACGGCGCAGUGGCGGGAGCUGUCCACAGGAGUGCAGAGAGUCUUCUGGAGCUGAAAGCCCUGAAGCCAGGGGUCAUUCAGAUAUUCGGCGUGAGGACAUCCAGGUUCCUGUGCCAGAGGCCUGAUGGGACACUCUACGGCUCGCUCCAUUUUGACCCCGAGGCCUGCAGUUUCAGGGAGCUGCUUCUGGAGGACGGAUACAACAUUUACCAGUCAGAGGCGCUGGGCAUCCCGCUCCGCCUGCCCCCACACCGCUCCCCACCCCGGGAACCGGCCUCUCGGGGAGCUGCCCGAUUCCUGCCGCUGCCAGGCCUGCCCCCAGCCCCCACAGACCUUCCGGGGAUCAGGGCCCCCAAGCCUCCUGACGUGGGCUCCUCUGACCCUCUGAGUAUGGUGGGGCCUUCACAGCGCCGAAGCCCCAGCUACACUUCCUGA